GAAGGGACUGGGGAGAGAGUGGGAGCUGCAGACUGAGAGAGACAAGAGAGAGAAAGGAGUAGGAGAGAGAGCAGAGACCAGCAGCAGCAGCAGCAGCACAAGGCAGCAGCAUGUCUGCCUCUAUCCGUCCACUCUUGGAUCUCCCUGAGCACAGCUGCCGGGCUGCUGCCGACUUGUGAGUGGAUCCUUUCUGCCGAGUGACUGUGUGAGGGAGCGCCUGAGUGUGUAGCGCACGCACACACACACACACACACACACACACACACACACACACACACACACACACACACACACACACACACGCAGCAGAGUUUCCCAGUGGCUACACAUAAGCCGGGUGUUCAACUGUUCUGCUUAUAGACUGCCACACAUGAGUGAAGGUUUGACCAGCUUCGCUCUGGACUUGACUCAACACCCAUGAUCUCCAGCCAACUCUGGCAUACCCCCUCAUUAAGGGCCAAACUGCAGGAAGUGCCAAGAGGAAUGGCACUGAGGAUCGGAGGGAACGAGUCAAAAUAGAGCUCCACAAGGCAGUUUCUACUCCACCUGAUCAUCAAAAAUGGACACGUUAUUGAUGAAGUGAAGCAGUCAGAGAUGGGAAAUGCCUCUGAAACAUUUCUGCUCGUGUCCAGAAUAUCUAAAGACAAUGACUUCCUCAUGGGAACGCUCUACACCAUUUUUGGUGUGCUGUCUGUGCUGGGGAAUGGGAUCCUGCUGUUCGUGGCCUAUAGAAAGAAGUCCUCCCUGAAGCCAGCAGAGUUCUUUGUGGUCAACCUGGCCAUCAGCGACCUGGGCAUGACCAUAACCCUGUUUCCACUCGCAAUUCCAUCAGCCUUCGCCCACAUGUGGUUGUUCAAUCAGACAGUCUGCAUUGUCUAUGCCUUUUGUGGUGUUUUGUUUGGCCUGUGCAGUCUGACCAACCUCACUGUGCUCUCUUGUGUCUGCUGGCUCAAGGUCUGCUGCCCAAACUACGGUAACAAGUUCUCGUACUGCCAUGCCUGCCUGCUGGUCGCCUGCAUCUGGUGCUACGCUGGAGCAUUUGCUGUAGGUCCUCUGUCGGGCUGGGGCGAGUAUGGAGCUGAGCCUUAUGGCACAGCGUGCUGCAUCAACUGGCAUGCGCCCAGUCAAAAUCCUGUGGCUAUGAGCUACAUCAUCUGCCUCUUCUUCUUCUGUUACAUCGUGCCCUGCACUGUCAUCUUUCUGUCCUACACAUUCAUCCUGCUGACUGUCCGGGGCUCUCGGCAGGCUGUACAGCAGCACAUGUCCCCACAAAACAAGAUCACCAACGCACAUGCACUUAUCGUUAAGCUCUCUGUGGCAGUUUGCAUCGGUUUCCUGACAGCAUGGAGUCCAUACGCUAUUGUGUCCAUGUGGGCGGCAUUCGGUAACCCAGCAACUGUACCACCUAUGGCUUUUGCUCUGGCAGCUAUCUUUGCCAAGUCCUCUACCCUUUACAACCCUAUUGUCUAUCUGGUCUUCAAGCCCAAUUUCCGUAAGUCCCUGUGUCGGGAUGUAGCCCAGUGCAGAAGGACACUCUGUGGAUGUCUGUGCCAGCGCAGCUCCACACAGAAGGGAAUGUGCAGGCAAUCACAUCACAAAGAAGAGUGCAAUUCUACAAGGUUGUCCAACGGGCUGCCAGAAAACCACAGGACCUGCAGACAUUGUCCUUGCCCUGAAACAGCCACUGGUACCAGAGGAAACUGUACAGACAGUCCCCAGCAAACUGCUAGGAUACUUAAAGGAUCUCAGCACAGUGAGGUUGCUGUCAGUCAGCUCUCCAAUGAGAUGCAGAGCGACUUCCUGUAGAAAAACAAACACAGCUAGACAAUGAGAAGCUUAAAAAAAAAAAAAAGAAGAUGAAAGGAGAAAAAUAUGGCAAGAAUGAUGACUGAAAGACACUAAGUGCAAGUUAGGUAAUAGUGAAAAUAUAAUUUAAAACUAAAAGGAUCAAGACUGAUUGAAGGAAAAAAAGUUCUAAUUCUGAAGUUUAAAACUUGUCUCAUGCCUCAAAUAUGUGAUACUGCCAAACACAUGCACAUGCACACACACGCACACACAGACACACACACACACACACACACACACACACACACACACACACACACACACACACACACACACACACACACACACACACACACACACACACACACACACACACACACACACAAGAUCUUGUAUUUAAAAGCCAAUACAGGAGGAUAAGCAAGCCAAACAGUCCACAGAUGUGUGCAUCAAUAUUCUAUCAGGUCAAAUUUACAAGUGUCAAUAACUAUACGAUCACUUUGAGUGAUCAUCAUCGAGUAAGACUGAGCACUAAUGCAAAUCAAUUUACGCUGGAUUUAGAGGGAGGAACUGAUACUGAAACCUUCUACUCUCUAAGCUACCUUUUAUGUGUUUAUUACGAGUACUGUAUUUGAUGAUGUAUUUGAUUUGACAGCUAUUUAUUUAUGCAUGCCUCAAACUGAAGGACCACAGGGUUGCUUGCUGUUGUUAUCGAAUAGGAUAUUAGUACAAUGUACUCAUCUGUGAGGAUGAAUUAAGUUUUCAAAACUGCAACUAAUUUAACUACAGUGUGUCAACCUGUACAUUCCUCUUUAUAAACAAAGCCCCUAAGGAGGUACAAAGUAAAGCACUGCAGGAAGGAUCUGGCUUUUCGAAAGCCUGUUGCCGUUCCAAUCAUCAAAAGAUGGACAUUUUGAGUAGUGCAUUAAUCCAGCUAUAAAAAGGAGCUGCCAGCUUUGUCUAAUCACAUGUGUUAUCACCUCAGUCUGCGAGAGAAAGCACGACUAAAUUAUAGAUGCAGAAGAUCAGGGGGCAGGACUUCAUACAACUAUCUGUAAUGCUCAAUAAGCUCUAAGUUCUGUAAGUGUUAAACAGAGAGCUGGACUAUAUUAACAUGCCGGACAGGUAUGAUGAUAAGAAGAGAGUUGCGUUCACUUAUUAGCAUCUUUAAUUUAAGGGAGGCAGGAGGUUAAUCGUGUGCAGUCAUGGGGCUAUCUCAACCUGACAAAGACAGCUACAGCAGUCUGAUGUUGCCCAUUAGAAGGCUAAUUCUGUCUCUUUCACACCAUGGGUGUUGUUUUCAUGAUGAUUUUUAUUGAUUAUGUGCUCACCAAGGCAAUCACUGAUGCUGGAAAACACACUAACAUGGACAUAACAAGGAAAUAGACUACAUGGACUAACAAGGAAAUACUUCAGCCAGGUGGGGGAAAUUAAUUUUGCUUUCAUUAAAUUUGGCUGCUCCGAGGCAUUGCAAGAGGUCAAACUGUCAUCUUUCAUUAGACAAAAUUUUAGUGACGUUGCCACAUUCCUAAAUUUCAGCGGCUAACUUGGUUAUUGUGUUAUUUUUGCUGAUGGUAAUAAAGUCCAGUCCUCUAAAAAUAAUACCCCAAACAGUGAAAAAUCCAAGUGAUCUUUGGUUCAGAUAACCCUUAACGAAGCAUGUCAGUGUGAAUAAAAAGGGAGUGGGAAAAAACAUAUGAUUUUUUUGAAAUAUAUACUGUAUAUGAGUGUAUUUUUCUAAUGUCUCCCAGUGAGAGUUCAUUUUCUUGUGCAGAAGUGCAAGUGUGUAGUUCCUGAAGCUAACAGUGCAUCAGCAAAUUCUUUUGGUUCUGGUGACGCCAAACAAAAAACGAGAACCCAAAACUGGCACAUUUAACAUGUUCCUCAAGCCAUUAUUACAAAAUAGGAAAAAACUUUAUGCCUAUGCAUGAAUAUAGACCACUUGCCUUUAGUGUUCCUCUUGCCUGUUUUUCAAUAAAAGAGUUUUUAAACAUAUGAGACACAAGGCUUUGCCUCAGCACCUGCCUUCAUUAUUCCAAUGAAAUAUGCCCGGCGAGCAUACUACAGCUUAACCACCGUGUUUGUCCAACAAGCAGUUUUGUACUUUUCCCUGACAGUGUAGGUCAUCAAAUGGAAGUACAAAGAGACCUGCCAUGGACAAGAUUAAUUAGAUCUGCUAGAGUGCAUGCUUGGGUUGACUGGCAUCACUUUCAUGACAUUACCCCUCUUUGCUAUUGUGAGAGGGAAGACUGCAGUUCUGUGCAGUUUCCACAAAAUACCUGAUUACAAAAGCAGUUCCCAUUUUGUGUUCUCAGUUUCACUUUGUCAUAAAAGGAUUUUCUUUAAGUCAUGCAAAACAACCAGGUCAGCACAUGCGCUCCAUUCUGCUGCCUGCUACACUCCUCAAAUUACUGCGCGAGCCUAAGUGGUGAUGGCUUCUUGAAGAAAUUGAUACUAAAUCUCCAUCACCGUCUGAACUAAUACCUCACCCGGGUUUUUCACAUGAUACUUAGGUCAUGGGUUCGACAUUUGUUACCUCAGGAUUUAAAUCUCUAUUAGCUCUGGGUUUAAGACUUGUCCAUGCUGACAUUAACAGUGCAUGAAAACACAAAGACCCCUUGUUCAUUUCAGAGAGGCUGCUGCACUGACGCAGGGAGAUCCAGCAAAACAACCCAGCAUCAUCUGGCAGAAAAUUUUAGACUGUCUCAGUUGUUUGUAUCCAACAACACAUUGUAUUUGCACAUGCUUACAUGGUACAUGGUAUUCCAUACUCCUGUUAAGUUCAAGGUUUAAGAUGGAAACUAUUACCGCUGUGACAACUGUCUAGAGUUGCUAAAGUGCAUCUCAUUAAAUUAUGCAGUGUUUUGUUGUUUGAUAAGCUUUCAAACUCCUGAAUCCAUUCUGAAACCAGCUUUCCUUGGUCAUAAUUCUCAACCCAGUUGCCUGACAAGAAGUCUAUUCUCAUCUUCCUCUAAUAUAUCUAGUAACUAACAGGAUCGAAAAAAUUAUUUUUAUUUAAUCAAGCCUUAACUGUUGUAAAUGUAUGGUUAAGGUUAGGAAAAGUGAACGUUUGAUGAAGGUAUGGACAUCAGCCUUCUCCAUGCUCUUACUUUCCACGUUGCAGUAUAAUAUGUGCAAACCAUGCUGCAGCAGCAUUGAACAUAAAUCAUGAAGUGUUCUCAAGAGAUAUCCCCAGGCAACCCAGAGUUUAUGAAAAUCAAAUCUGGACUGGUUAUAGUUUUUCCCAAAAUUUGAUGUUUAAAUAAAGGCAUAUAAUUAUUUAAGCAACACAAGAAUAAAAACAAUGGAACAUCUGCAGUUAUAUCAGUCAUGUCACAUACUGUGAGUCUUCUUAUAACAUGAACCCCGACUUGUGAAGUUCAAGUGUGAAUCUUUAACCUGGAGCCUACUGUGAGACGAGGUGAAAGAAGCCUCAGGCUGUCUGUAGCUGCAGAUUAUUUUAGCUGAUGCAUACAUCCAUGUGAAAACCUCCCUGCUGUGAAAACAAGCACCACUUGCAAAGACAAAAAAAGGCCUUUCUGCAGACAUAUACAGGUAGCUAUUGUGAUCAUUGUGUCAUGUAAGAGACAGUAGUGUCAUCUUCAAAUUUUCAUCUAUGUAUCAAACAACAAUUGUAGUCAACCCCAUGGAUGUACAGGGUACCAGCUCAUUUCUGUUUCUUGAUGUAAACCCUCCAGGAUGAAAUGAGUAGUAAUAAGUAGCCAACCAGCUGUUUUAAGUAUGAUAGGGUAAUUUAUUUCCCAGGAAAAAACUAAAUGAUUGUACUUCUCUGAUGUGUCAGGAAUGAUGUCAGUUUUGUGUUGACUGUAACAUUUUGGAAGAAAGAAAAAGGAUGUAAAAAUUGAUGGACUGGUGAAAUGCAAGAGGAAUUUUCUGUUUGUCAUGCUGCAACCAAAAGUUACAGUUACCUUUAGACUCACUGUCAAAGCCCAAAUGCUGUUUUGGACACUCAUAUUUUUCUACCAAUAUGCAGGUAACCAUGGAAAGAAUAUACAUAUCAAAAACUUGGCUUCAAGCCCUGUGCUGAACACACUUCGUUUGGCUCAACUCUUGGACAAAGAUGGACAUACAAACCAGGAAACGAAACUGUGAAAAUCUGAUUCUGAUGUCUCUUUUUUCUAUUCUGUUCUGCUCAAAGAACAAUUUCUCCGAGUAUCUACGUGUGUAUUCUGUAUUACCAGCCAUUCCAACCUGGGUUAUCUACACUGGCUUUAUUCAUUCAUGUAGAGACUGGUUGCAUGUAUGUAAAUAAUAUGUGUUUGUACAGAUGCCAAAUUUAAUUCAUAAAUUAUUAUGAAUAUCAGCUAAACUGUGUAAAUAAGGAUGGACAAACCCCUUGCAGUGUCUUGAAAUGGGGAUGACGGGUUUUAUUUUCUUAUGUUAUUUCAGCUUCUGAGUGGUCGCUUUGAAAGUGUUUCCAUAAAUGUUUCGUAUUAUAAGAUUUUAUUGCAAAAUAGCUGCCUGGUCUUUCUGCAGCUGGAAUGCAUUUUCUUUAGCUCUUUAGUUCAUGUGUGAGAGAAGGAUGGAUUAAACCAUAAUAUUUUAAAAGCAAGAUCAACAAUAUUAUACAACUGUAGUAUAAUGGCCCUUAUGGUUGUUGUUAAUUUAGCUUAAUUUUCCACUGCAGUGUUGUUGGCUUCUACCGGGGCACAACAAUCCAAGUGGGAAAUUUAAUCUAUUAUGAUGUUAUUGUACAGUAUAUGCAGCUUCUAUGAAGGUGACUGUUUCUACCUCCCAAUUAACCAUGGAAUGUAUUUGUUGCUGGAUUUGAAUCAGACAAUUCAAGCAUUUAAUAUUAAGAAAUCCAAGCAGCAGAAGUGUUUGAUGUGACUACACCCGCUUGGAUGAGCAGUUUACUGAGAGCGAGCUUAAUAAUGGAGAAAUUUAAGUGCUGAUACGUCAGAUGUGUGCACGAAACAGCUCAAGCUGGAUGCAAUUAUCUUUUGCUCCUGCAUUAAUAAAUCCUCUGUUGUCACAAGUACAGCAUAAGGCCCCACAGCUUUUGUUAAACAUAUUCAUCUUUCUUCACUGUUUGAAUCCUACCUGUCAAGAUGCAGCCUGGAAACAUGACAAACACUUUGUUAAUCCCAUUUGGGACACAAGACUCUGAAUCAGCAGAAAUUUCAUAUGCAGCAUUUAAAGUGGUUUAUAAGUCACUUCCUGAAUGCUCUAAGCCUGCGCUAGGUCUGAAUAAAGUCAUAAAUCCUAUACGCACUGCUGUCUAUAUAUCUGCGCUAAUCCACUGUAAAUAAAGCUAAACGCAAUCAGGAAGAUGCCACUAGAAUCAGAAUUUUCUGACAACAGCAGUUAAGCCUUUGUGUGAAUCCUUAUUUUGCGUUUGUCCUCUGAAAAGCAAACACUUUGUCCCUCAGGAGAUUUGCAGUUGUGGACUGUACUGUAUUACACUGGCAUACGGAAAUGCAAACACACACACAUCAGAUGUUUUACAGCCCCUCUCCCCCAGUUUCUAAGACACAAACAAGGUUGAAUGUGAUGUGUUGUACAUAUGUGUAUGUUUGUAUAUGGAGAAAAAAAAAUCUGUCUACCUAUAUAGGUUUUAAGAUAAUAUUAUUACAAUAUAAUUCUAAAAUUAUUAUCAUUGUUGUCAGUGAAGUUUCAGAUGCACUGUGAAAAUGUUUACAAUUUUUUUUGCUUGUUUGUUUAAAAUUUAUUGAGGAUUGUAUAAAAAGUGUUAAGUACAUCUAACUAAGGGCAUAUCAUUUGUUCUGAAGUCAAAUGUAAUGAUAAAUAAAUAUUAUUCAGGACUGAA